AUUUCGGAUUUACAUGUGUGAUCAAAUGUUUACCUGCCAGAGCUAUACAUAUAAAUGCCAGUAUUAUAUGGAGAAACUUUGAGGUAGCAGGGCAAUAGUGUAGUGUCCCUUUAAGAGAGGAGUGUGCUGUGAGGUCACGUGACCAGUGUUUACUGAGUGAAAAGGAAGCGCGAUUCACUUAGUUGGUAACGACUUCCAACCCGGUGUGCAGCCACUUGGCCCAGAGAGACAAGUCAUUGUGAGAGAUUUCACAGCAUCACACCACAUCAAACAGUGUAUGGCACAGUUCGCCACACUGCCUAUGUGUGAGAGACAAAGACAGCUUGCAGUCACAGCCGCGAGAUGAACCUCCUCGGCUGGUUUGCCAUGUCGCUCUGUCUUUGCGUCAAUGCAGAGACCAACGCAGUGUGGCGAGAUUCUGGCGAUAACGUCACCUUGGGAUGUUCCAGCUGCGACAAAGGGUAUGACGGGAUGUAUCUUUAUCUGUAUCGGGAACACAAGCCGCGGAUACAGGUGGUGUACUAUCCAGAGUCAGGUGACAAAACAACCCCGGGAGAUGCCUUCAUAGAGAGGAUUCAAACGAAAGGAUCUCUGAGCAAACACACAGUCACCAUCAGCACGCUGAGCGUGAACGACUCUGGAUUCUACAAGUGUGUCUAUGUCACCUUUCCAAGUGGUGAAACAUCAUGCAGCCACUACACACUCUUUGUAAGCGGAGUUGCGCCGUGUCCUUGCCCCCUUGGCUACGACAAAAGUCCAUGUCGGGUGUUUAUCAUCAUCGCCGCCUUCACCGCUUGCAUGCUGGUAACCAUCCCCUUCAUCCUGCUGGUUGUCUCCAGGGUGAGGCGAUGGAGUAGCAGCAGGAGAGUCCCGGGGCCGUUAUCCAAUGACAACAUGUAUCAAGUCAUGAGUCCUGCGCGAGAGGAGCUGCCGCCCGGCCCGUGUGCUUCUGCUUAGCAGCGCUUAGCUCGGCCUACAGGUGGUUUUCUUCUUCAGGCUGAUGUACCUUUUUGAGACAAAAUUAGAAAUCCAUGUUAUACAGCUGACCAAUGUGUUUCAGUGUUUGUUUUCUUCAAUAGAAUUGUGAUUAACUGCUUUAAAAGGUUCUGCAAGGUUUCGUAGCUCUGUAGGGCGAGCGCUAACAGUAUGUGAUGAGCAGGUAAGGGACACAAAAGGAAGUGUGAUUAAUAUCUAGAGCAUGCGUUACUCUUGAAAAACAGAGUAGAGGCUGAUAUACAUCAAAAGUUGCGUGCGAAACGUCUGCACGUGAGGGCGCAAACCACAUACUGAGGAGUGGGGGGAUGUUUCUGGGGUUGUUUUGCAAGUCGACAGCGUUCAGUUUAGAAAUGAGUACCUAUCUAAUGCAAUCCUAAAAUUGAUAAUAUGAUUAUUGAGACAAAUAUGACAUAUGUUUGUUAUAAUAAUGUGCUUCCUGAUGGGAAAGGUAGUGAUGAUGCAAAUGGUUAUUGUAAAUCUGUAUCUCAGGUAAUGAAUAUGAUUUUCAUAAAUUUUGAUAAUUGUU